AUGCUGGUUAAACAGGGUAUAGGAAAAGUAAAAAAGGAUGUAAUACCUCAAAAAGUUACAAAAGCGGAAGAAGGACCACUUCUUGAAAAGAUCGAUAAUGAAGUAACUCUCGUUAAUCAAUUGAAAGGUAAUAUAAAAAAUAAGAUAUCGCAGAAUAUGAACGAGGGAGAAAAAAAGGAGGAAACCUGGGCUGCUGAAUCUGAAUAUUUGAAAACAGUAGAUGUGAAAGCUUUUCGACAAUAUGAAUUAGCUUGUGAUAGAGUUAAGCAAUUUUAUGAAGAGCAACACAAGAAACAGACUGUAGCAUAUAAUAUUCAAGCACGUAUCAAUUUCAAAACAAAAACUAGAGCAAGAAUGACUAUUUGGGAGGGACUUGAAAGAUUGAAUAAAUUGUUGGAUGAUAGUGACCCAGACACUGAAUUAUCCCAAAUUGAUCAUGCAUUACAAACAGCAGAAGCAAUUAGAAAAGACAAUAAACCCCGCUGGUUUCAAUUAGUAGGAUUAAUACAUGACUUAGGUAAACUUCUAUAUUUCUUUGAUUCUAAAGGCCAAUGGGAUGUGGUUGGAGAUACCUUUCCCGUUGGAUGCAAAUUUCUGAAGAGAAUUAUAUUUCCUGAUAGCUUUAAGAAGAAUCCAGAUUUUUUCAAUCCAUUAUAUAAUACGAAGUACGGAAUUUAUUCUAAGGGAUGUGGAUUAGAUAAAGUCAUGUUAAGUUGGGGCCAUGAUGAAUAUAUGUAUCAUGUAGCUAAGUUGAAUUCAACAUUACCACCAGAAGCAUUGGCCAUGAUACGAUAUCAUUCAUUCUAUCCUUGGCACCAAGAAUAUGCUUAUAGUUAUUUGAUGGAUAAUCAUGAUGAAGAAAUGCUUAAAGCUGUUAAGGCUUUUAAUGGUUAUGAUUUGUAUUCUAAAAUUGACAAAACAUAUGAUGUCGAUGUAUUGAAACCUUAUUAUAUGGAAUUAAUAGAUGAAUUCUUUCCGACGAAAAUUAUAGAAUUUUAG